CAACCUGGAAGUCUGAACUGGUUUGCUCUGAAUUUUUUUUCGACCGUGCAUGAAUCUUAAUCAAGGAUAGUGGAAUAGUGAUUUUGUGUUGAAUAAUAUUCCGGUGGAGUACGUAAGUGGAGCUAUUGUAGUCGUAGUCGGACGAAUCCAAUCAGGCAAUCAAAAAUGGCGUCCUCAUCCUCAAGUGGUGCCCUCGGGAAUGGAUUUGGAUUUGGAUUCGGCGGCGAAAAUAAUAAUCCCUUCAACCAUGGGGGGCAGAAGAGAACGCAUUCCGAGGAGGACAUCCUAGCUCUUCUCGAAGGUUUAGAGCCGGGAGCUAAGCGUCGACUUCAGCAGCGUUUGGGAGUGGUACAAAUAGAGACAUCAGUAAUAAACUAUUGUCUUGGGAAGAAUAAUGAUGCAUUUAUCUGGAAGCUACUUUGUAACAAUAGAAAAGAAAAUCUUAUUCUUUACUGAAAUUGUGUUAAACUCAAUUUUGUUCUACUCACUCCAGACGCAGGAAGCUGAAAAUGGAGGAGCUGUUGGUUCGUCGGAGGGAGGAAACGUGGAACUUCCUGCGAAUCCGUAUGUGCCACAAGGAAAUGAAUAUGUCGAGGAAGAACAAGGAGAAGAGGUGGAAGAGGAGCCUGUAGGAGAGGGAGAUCACCACGCUCCUACGGCGACGCAGGUGGAGGUCGAAGUAGAAUCGGAAGAAGCUGUGAGUGUGGCGCCAGCAUCUACGCCGGUAAUCUAUCUACUACAACAGCCGGCACAGGUUGCGCAGCCGAAGUCUGUUGCUCCAGCUACUGCUGUUCCAAUGGCGAAGACUACCAUGGCUGCGAAGACCGCGACUAUGUCUGGCAAGCAAGGUGAUGAAGCUCGAGACAAUUGUCCACUAUGGAAGGUAGUACUUAGUUUUUAAAGAAUAUUUGAAGGCUAGAGUAAACUAAUAAAUGGUCAGUAAUAAAGUGUCUACUAUAUUAUUCCGAAUCUUUGUUUUACAGGCUCUGGAUACCAUGUGGGAGAAGCGUACCAACCCGGGUGUGGAACAUUUCGAGCAAGCCCAAAGUUUUUUGUUAUGGUCUACAAAAUAAGUUUGAUCUUCAAAAAAAAUAUUUCAUGUUAGGCCCGGAAGUGGAACAUUUCGAGCAAGCCCAAAGUUUUUUGUUAUGGUCUACAAAAUAAGUUUGAUCUUCAAAAAAAAUAUUUCAUGUUAGGCCCGGAAGUGGAACAUUUCGAGCAAGCCCAAAGUUUUUUGUUAAGGAUGCAUCCAUUAAAUUUUCCAGACAUUUUUUUUUCUUCCUUGAGACGGCCAAGUGAGUGCUUGAGUCUCAUCUUCUAAUAGCGAGGGGCUUGCGCAAUUUUUCCCGCCUUUCCAACGCACCGUAUGGAGACAAUCAUGA